CCACGAAAAUGUUCAUCUUACUGAUGUCUUUUUAUUUAUUUGUGGGCAGGGGUGCUCCUCAAAAAAAUAAAAAAAAAAGUGAGGAGAAGUCUAUGGUGCUGUGAACUCUCAAAGGAUAGUUAUGGUUAAGCUUUGUUCGAUGGCUUCUCACGUGCAUCCUCCUGGUCUUGCUAUUGUUGUUCACGAAGAUCAGAAAAGGGUUAUCAAGGAUUUUCAGCCCUAUUUACCUAGUUGGGGAGCAAGACAAGAGAUAACAAGAUCGAGUUCUCUUAUGCUGAAAUUACCUCAGCAUGAACAACCAUGGAGACCCAUGAAUAGGUUCUACCAGUCUAAUCAGUUUGCCGAGAUUGACUCAACGGUGAAAAUGCCUAUACUCAUUGAUGUGCAAGAUGCUCGCCCAGACUCUGUCCUUUUUAUCUUUGGGAUAGUUGAAAAAUGUACAAGACAUGAGAAAAUCUUGCAGUUUCUUAUGUCCAAGUCAAAUAAAUUAGAAAGAGAUGGAUUAGAUUUAUCUUUUCUAUCUGAGUUGACUGGGCUACAAGCAGUGAUGUUUGAUGCACAUCAGCAGUCACAUUCUCCUCUUAUUUACCCAAGUGACCAAUUUGAUUCCCUGAAAUCUCCGGUGGACAUUCUGGGAGAUAUGGCCCACAGUUCAAAACUUAGAGUUCUUCCAGAUGGUCGGGUAUUGCUAACUGGUAGUGGGAUGGAGAUGAAGGAUAUCCUCUCUACAGUUGCUGAAUUUUACUUGUCUAGAAACUCAAACAUCUGGAGAAAACAAUCAUUGCUUGUCCCCCAUUUAAGCAGGCUUGAUACAAGUAAAGUAGAUUCUAACAUUACGGGGUCUUCUUUCAAGGUCAGAGAUGUGACAGCUGCUGCUUUGAAGAGUCCUGUGAAAAUCAAGCCAUCCCGAAAAAGGAAGAAUACUAGAAAGGGAGGUAGAGAGAGUGAUCUCUACAAAAGGAACUACUUCAAUGCAUGUGAGAGCCUUCUAUCUUUGAUGAUGGACAGGCGACAUGAGAAAACAGCAGUCUUGUCUCUGAGGAAAUCUGGCCCUGAACUUCCUUUGCUUCUGAACCAGCUCUCUGUUGGCAUUGCUGGGACAGGCCUUGCUCUUCUUUUUUCUGUCAUCUGCAAGGUAGCUUGCAGGAGAGUACCCUUCAGUGCAUGUAAACUGUUCUGCACAGGCAUCGGUUUCGGGCUGGUCUGGCUCUCUUGGGCAGUGAAUAAAUUGAAGGACACGGUUGUUUACAUUAGCAAGCAUGCAAGCAAGGUGGGUCUGAAGGAUAAGGAAAUAAUUAGGAUUGUGGAUAAAAGUUUUCAUGACAUAUACUUCAGAGCUGUAACAGUGAUGGCAGUAGUAGUGCUGAGGCUUGUAUGAGCAUCAAGUGGUGAAGUUGUGAAACAUGCUGCCAUGGAAAUGCCUAAUGGUUUGGAUAAUAUGAUGGGUAGAGAGUGUAACUACAAAUUCUGUAGCAAGUGAUGAUUAAAUGGGCGCAGGUUUAUUGCCAUUGCACGUCAGUCUGCUGUUGCAUUUCAGCAUGAGCAAUAUAUACAGGGAUGGUUCUUCCAUGAACGGAGCUCAUAAUAUGGAUCGCUCUUCUAGUAGAUUCUGUGAUCGAUUUUGUAAAUGAAUGAGAAGUGAAGUGUAAGUCUGUAUCAGAAAGCCUAAAAAAGCCACCGUAGAAAUUUGUUAAUAGAAUUAAAGAGGUCCUAUUUAACGUUGUUAUGUUAGAUAUUAAGUUCAGUGCAA